GAGCGUUCCCCUCCCCCUCCCCGUCAGCAACGGGCCGUGAGGCGGCGGCGGCGGCAGCGGCUGCGAAGGGGGCGGAGAGGGCGGAGCGCGGCGGGACGGGGUCCAGCCCGCGCGUACUUGGGUCCGUCGGAUUCUCUCGGCGGCGGCUGUGGUACCGGCUGCCGCUGCAGCCCUAGCAGCAGAUUGAAUUGGCAUCAUGAACUGGAAUAAAGGUGGCCCUGGCACUAAGCGAGGAUUUGGCUUUGGAGGUUUUGCCAUCAGUUCUGGGAAGAAAGAGGAACCCAAACUCCCACAACAGUCUCACAGCGCCUUUGGGGCAACCAGCUCUUCUUCUGGAUUUGGAAAGUCGGCUCCACCACAGCUCCCUUCUUUUUAUAAAAUUGGAUCUAGACGAGCCAACUUUGAUGAGGAAAAUGCAUAUUUUGAAGAUGAGGAAGAAGACUCUAGCAACGUUGACUUACCUUACAUUCCUGCUGAAAACUCGCCUACCCGCCAACAAUUCCAUUCCAAGCCAGUGGAUUCUGACAGUGAUGAUGAUCCCUUGGAGGCAUUCAUGGCUGAAGUGGAGGAUCAGGCAGCUAGAGACAUGAAAAGACUUGAAGAAAAGGACAAGGAAAGAAAAAACGUAAAGGGUAUUCGAGAUGACAUUGAAGAGGAAGAUGAUCAAGAAGCUUAUUUUCGAUACAUGGCAGAAAACCCAACUGCUGGUGUGGUUCAAGAGGAGGAGGAAGACAAUUUGGAGUAUGAUAGUGAUGGAAAUCCAAUUGCGCCUUCUAAGAAAAUCAUUGAUCCUCUUCCUCCUAUUGAUCAUUCAGAGAUUGACUAUCCACCAUUUGAAAAAAAUUUUUACAAUGAGCAUGAAGAGAUAACCAACCUCACUCCACAACAGUUAAUAGAUCUCCGGCAUAAGCUCAAUCUUCGGGUCUCUGGUGCUGCACCUCCUAGACCAGGAAGUAGUUUUGCUCACUUUGGGUUUGAUGAACAACUUAUGCACCAGAUUCGGAAAUCUGAAUACACCCAGCCCACUCCAAUACAGUGCCAGGGAGUGCCUGUGGCACUAAGUGGUAGAGACAUGAUUGGUAUUGCCAAAACAGGCAGUGGGAAAACUGCAGCAUUUAUAUGGCCCAUGCUGAUUCAUAUAAUGGACCAGAAGGAAUUGGAGCCAGGUGAUGGACCAAUUGCAGUAAUUGUGUGUCCUACUAGGGAGCUUUGCCAGCAGAUCCAUGCAGAAUGUAAGCGGUUUGGGAAAGCAUAUAAUCUUCGAUCAGUGGCCGUGUAUGGAGGAGGGAGCAUGUGGGAACAGGCCAAGGCCCUUCAGGAAGGGGCAGAGAUUGUUGUGUGCACCCCAGGUCGACUGAUUGAUCAUGUAAAGAAGAAAGCUACCAAUCUUCAAAGAGUCUCUUACCUUGUGUUUGAUGAAGCAGAUCGAAUGUUUGACAUGGGAUUUGAGUACCAGGUUCGAUCCAUAGCAAGUCAUGUCCGUCCUGACAGACAGACUCUCUUAUUCAGUGCAACUUUUCGGAAAAAGAUUGAAAAAUUGGCCAGAGACAUUUUGAUCGACCCUAUUCGAGUGGUGCAGGGAGAUAUUGGAGAGGCAAAUGAAGAUGUGACACAGAUUGUGGAAAUUCUCCAUUCUGGGCCUAGUAAAUGGAAUUGGCUCACCCGGCGACUGGUGGAGUUUACCUCCUCAGGGAGUGUCCUCCUGUUUGUUACUAAAAAAGCUAAUGCUGAAGAGCUAGCCAAUAACCUUAAGCAAGAGGGUCAUAAUCUUGGAUUGCUCCAUGGGGACAUGGAUCAGAGUGAAAGAAACAAAGUGAUUUCAGACUUUAAGAAAAAGGAUAUUCCAGUUCUGGUGGCCACAGAUGUUGCAGCCCGGGGUCUGGACAUUCCUUCAAUUAAGACUGUCAUUAACUAUGACGUGGCACGAGACAUUGAUACCCAUACUCAUAGGAUUGGCCGCACAGGAAGAGCGGGUGAGAAGGGUGUGGCCUAUACCUUACUGACCCCCAAGGACAGCAAUUUUGCUGGUGACCUUGUCCGAAACUUGGAAGGAGCAAAUCAACAUGUUUCCAAGGAGCUCCUAGAUCUGGCAAUGCAGAAUGCCUGGUUUCGGAAAUCACGCUUCAAAGGAGGGAAAGGCAAAAAGCUCAACAUUGGCGGAGGCGGCCUAGGCUAUAGGGAGCGGCCUGGCCUGGGCUCUGAGAACUCGGACCGAGGAAAUAACAACAAUGUAAUGAGCAAUUAUGAGGCCUAUAAACCCUCCACGGGAGCUAUGGGAGAUCGGCUGACAGCAAUGAAAGCAGCUUUCCAGUCACAGUACAAGAGUCACUUUGUUGCAGCCAGCUUAAACAACCAGAAGGCUGGAAGCUCUGCUGCUGGGGCAAGUGGAUGGACCAGUGCAGGGAGCUUGAAUUCUGUUCCCAGUAAUUCAGCACAGCAGGGCCAUAACAAUCCUGACAGCCCCAGCCCCAACACCACCAAGGGUAUCCCAAGCUUUGGCAACAGUGGGAACGUCAGCAGUGCCCCGGUGACCUACCCUUCUGCUGGAGCCCAGGGAGUCAACAGCACUGCUUCAGGAAGUAACAGCCGAGAAGGGAUUGGGGGUGGCAAUGGGAAGAGAGAGAGAUAUGCUGAGAACUGGGGUGGCAGCCGUCAUAGCCAUGGAGAAAGCAGCAAUCGGCAUGGUGAUAGCCUUCGUCAUGGAGAUGGUGGUCGCCAUGGAGAUGGAUACCGCUACACAGAAAGCAGCAGUCGUCAUACUGAUGGCCAUCGGCAUGGGGAAAACAGGCAUGGAGGAAGUGCAGGCCGGCACGGGGAGAACCGGAGUGCAAGUGAUGGUCGGAAUGGGGAAAGCAGGAAAGAAGGUUGUAAUCGUGAGACCAAGAUGGACCCCAAAGUGGACAGCAGCAAGCUGGACAAGGUGGACAAGACGGACAAGACAGACAAGACGGACAAGACAGACAGCAAGACAGAUAAGACAGCUGAUGGUUUUGCUGUCCCGGAGCCACCUAAACGCAAGAAAAGUCGGUGGGACAGUUAGAGGGUGUGCACAAAAGUGUGAAUCAGUUGUCUUUAAUUUUAUUUUUAGAAAGAUUUUGGAAACUAGGUGUCUCAGGGCUGGGUCGGGGUCCAAAGUAUGAGGACCCCCUGCCCUUAGUGGAGAGCUGGAGUUUGGCGACUGUCCCUUCAUCUGAGUCAUUUUUUCAGAUGUUUCUGUGGGAAGCUGCUUUGGUCCCUGGAUGCAGUGAGAGCAAGCUGGGAAAUUUCUUUGGGUUUUGGGUGAGUUGUCAUGAGGGUAAAUGGAGGAUACCUUGGGAGAAAGGGCCUUAUAUAGGGCACAAAACUCACUCUAGGUUUAUAUUAUAUGUAGCUUAUAUUUUUUACUAAAAUGUCACCUUAUAAACAUCAUAAAAAUCAAACCUUUUCUUAGCUGUAUGGCCAGGCAAUCCCUUUUAGGAGUUGGCUUCUGCAAAUCCAGUUGAGUUGCUGAAGGGAGAAGUGGGAUUCUGAACAACUGUGGGUGCUCGUGUUCCCAGCCAGCUCUGAGACAUGCAGAAGGUGCAGCCUGCAAGACCUCGGCCUGGAGGAGCCCCAGAGCCACUGUGCAGCAAGGGAUUGCUCCAGGCCUGAGAUGUUGCUACAUUUAAAAUGAAACCCAACAAUGGCUUUUAAAGUGUCUUCUAUUUCAUUGUUUUGUUUUUUAAACUUGCCCCAGUGGUAGAGAAGUCUUUUGCUGAAAUGAUUUUGAUGAUUUUUGUUCUAUCUUGUUUAUAAAAGGAAAAAUACACAAACUUCAGAUUUUGUGACUUUGUGAAGGUUUCUUUAAGAUGUGCAUUCCUCUGCUUGCUCUCUAGUAAAUGUUUUACUACUGA